GCUGCUGAUUCUGUCCCCUGUUCCUUGCCAGGUGUAACUCUUGUGCGUGAAGAUGGCAGAGCAGGAGCCGACCGCAGAGCAGCUGGCCCAGAUUGCAGCAGAGAACGAGGAAGACGAACACUCUGUCAACUACAAACCCCCUGCCCAGAAAAGCAUCCAGGAGAUCCAGGAGCUGGACAAGGAUGACGAGAGCCUGCGCAAAUACAAGGAGGCACUGCUGGGCUCAGUCAGCAUCGCUACAGAUCCCUGUGCGCCCAAUGUGGUGGUGACCAAACUGACGCUGGUCUGUGUGGCUGCCCCUGGCCCUCUGGAGCUGGACCUGACAGGUGACCUGGAAAGCUACAGGAAGCAGUCGUUUGUGCUGAAGGAGGGGGUGGAGUACCGGAUAAAAAUCUCCUUCAGGGUGAACAAGGAAAUCGUGUCGGGGCUGAAGUACAUCCAGCACACGUUCAGGAAAGGUGUGAAAAUUGACAAGACUGACUACAUGGUGGGGAGCUACGGGCCCCGGGCAGAGGAGUACGAGUUCCUGACCCCCGUGGAGGAAGCCCCCAAGGGGAUGCUGGCCCGGGGCAGCUACAACAUCAAAUCCAAAUUCACAGAUGACGAUAAGACUGACCAUCUGUCCUGGGAGUGGAACCUGACCAUCAAGAAGGAGUGGAAGGACUAGCCCUCCCCGAGCCGGCCCCAGAGAGAGAGUUAGCCAGGCAGUGGCUACAGUAGAAUCCCACCCUGUACCAAAGUGCUGACGUUGGCCCCUCCCUCCCUCCCUUCCCACCCUGUCAUCCAGCAGAAGAGCUCUCCACUCAGUAACCCCCCUGAGAAUCACUGACUGGAGCUGACCAAGCCAGCUGUCUGCAUCCGCCCUCGGGCGUCCUGGUCACCCCCCGAAGUGGGCUGCCCCAUUGCUGCAUCUGACCUUUGUUGGAACAAAGCACAGGCAGGCGCUGGGGGGGGGCUUCCCGGGCCGUCCCGUCCCUACACAGAGGGGCUUUGCCUAGUGCUCCUGCUCCUGGGCUGGGAGUAGCUGGUGCCUCCUUUCAGGUGGCUGAGGAAUUGUGAUUCCAGGCAACCGCUGAUCCCGUCUUUAGGCUAAAAUCAUGUCUGUGGCCUGCCCCCUCCCUUCCUCCCUCCCUCCAGCCAGUGGCUCGCUCGCCAGCUGGCAGCUUCAUUUGUGGCUGUUCCCAUAGCCAUGAUGCCUUAACGUGUGUAAGGGGCAUUCUGUAGGGAGGGCCCCACGGGUCUGUCGGCAGGCCGCCUCCUCGGGCCCUCCCUGUGGGUUGGUUUGUUAGGAGCGAGUCGCAACCUCUGACUUGGCUGCUGCCCUGAGAGGAGGAGGCUCGGGGGACCCCCUGCUGCUCCUGCCCACCCCAAGCAUCCUUGGAUGCCCAGAGACAGCUGGACUGGCAGAGCUCUCCCACUUCUGCUCUGCAGGUGCUGGCCCUGCUAGUGUAGAUCUCCGGGCAGCCCUGUCCCCUCCUGUGCCUGCAGCUGGGGCUGGGAGUCACCAGUGCCGCUGUCCCCUCGGAGCCGGUUUUGGCUGUAAAGCACUGAAAUGCCAGGGCAGCUCCUGCCACUUCCCUUGGGUUGGUUUUGGGCUGCAGGGUGAACUGGUCCAGUUCUGCAGCUGCUUUCACAACCUGGCCAGACCAGAGCCAGCGGUGGAUGGGUGUCCAGAGCGGUUAUUGCCUUAUGUAUCGGUUCUGCCUUUGAAAUCGUGCCUGGCCUGUCAGUAUUUAUUGCCUUGACAAGUAGACUCCGAGCCCCUAGAGCAGUCUCUCUACCCUCUGUUCUCGCAGCACUGCAGCCGGGCGCCCCCAGCACCCUCCGAGCCCUCUGGCUACUAGACAAGCAUGUGCCAGCUUGCAGCCCUCCUCUCUGGCUGCUCACUAAUGCUGAGGUGGUACCAGAACUGGGACCAAGUGUGUGUGGUUUUCCUGUAGCUACGUCUCUUGCCCCAACUCUUCCUCUCCCCCUGCCGUUUAGAAAGAUGAUUUUUGUUAACUUGAUUUGGUGCAUUUUGUCUGUAAAUCUUAGACCCAGAUUAACAGAUUUGGAAUCGUCAUCUGCUUCCCCUUUUAUGACAGUUCAAUAAAAUCCUCCCCCUGAC